AUGGCCACCCAGAGCAUCUCUGCAGAUGACAUCGCUGAGAAGGUCUUCAAAAAGCUGUCCGCUUCUCGGCGCAGGCAGUUCGCGCCGUCCAGAGAGGAAGACAAGGCUGGGGAUGGAAUAUGGAAUGCUUACCUCGACGCGGUUGAGGACGAGGAUAAAGCCAGCGCCGAGAGCUGGAGCGGGUCUACAGCUGGAAUUCUUACUUUUACAGGUCUCUUCGCCGCAACCGUUGCAGCCUUUGUCAUAGAGAGUUACAAGCAACUCCAACCUGACACGGGCGCACAAACCGUCGCACUGCUCGCGCGAAUAGCAUUUGCUUCCUCGGGGAAUGCCACCAUCCCUCCAUCGGAGCUUCCUGCAGAACCAUUCGUCGCGCCAAAGUCCGCUGUUAUCGUCAACUCGCUCUGGUUUCUCAGUCUAGUCAUCUCACUUGCGUGCGCACUACUAGCGACGCUCAUUCAAGAAUGGACCCGCGAUUUCCUACGCGACAUCCAGCGCCGCACUCCCGAUAUGACCAUCAAGCAGUACUCGUUCAAUCACAUUUACGUUCGCAUGGGCGUUGAGCGCUUCAAACUGGACUACGUGACGUCCCUCAUCGUCGCCCUCAUGCACCUCGCUGUCGUCCUCUUCGUGGUCGGACUGGUGAUCUUCCUAUUCCCAAUACAUCACACGCCCGCAGUCGUCGUCGAAAUCGCCGGGAUCGUGGCCGCAUCUAUCUACGCCAUAUUCAGCCUCAUGCCUUUCUUCGACAAUAGCUGUCCCUACCGGACACCAUUGACGUUCGUCUUCGCCGUGCUCGGCUGGAUCGCAUUCUUCAUACUCGGCGCGACGUACCUCGUGGUACUUUGGGCCGGAUACAGCGCCUCGAUGCUCGUUGCCGGCUCUGUCACCGCUGCGCUUGGGUUGGCAGCCCUUGUGGUUGGAUCACUGAUCCUGGCGUCUGCCGUCGUGUUCUUCGGUGUCCGGGACGGGAAUUGGUCGUGGGUCAAGCAGUUCUUGCCUGACCAGGCCAUAGUCCGGGAAGUCUCGGAAGAGACAUCGAAAGGCUUCUUCACCGUGUUACACUUUGUAUCGGUGCAGCUGCCGCAAGCGGUCAGCUUCUACGUGCGCAUCUGGUUUCCUACUAGACGACGUCCUGGUGACAAGAACGUGCCUGCGGAUACCCCGAAGGACUUAGACAUGUUCAAUCUCAACGACAAAGACCUGGAGGAAGCUCGCUUUAUCAACGACAAACGCAUCUCGUUCCUGUGGGACCACACCAGCAACUACCUCAUCAGCCGCGAAGACAACCUCGAACUUUUCCUGGAUCACCUCCCGAACCAUCUACUGAACGUCGAUCACCAUCGUUACGGAGCAUUCCUCUCGUAUCUGCGACACAGCUCUACGUUCACGGAACGUUUCGCUGAGGGCAUGACCCGUUUCGGCUCCCUAGAAGCCGGAUUGGGGGCGCUGAAGCUUCUACAAGAGCUCAUCACUGCCGAGCAUGGACUGGGAUACAAGUUCGAUCCUACGCAUGGCGAGCGAUGGAAGGAGAUGCGUACUCUGAUAGCGAGGCUCCCCAUAUUCCUCCACAGGAUCAUGUCCUACAGUAGGGUCGGAUAUCCCGAAGAUGAUAUCAAUAUCUUGCUUGCACUGUCAGACCUCCGGUGGACAUUGAUCCGUGCGCGAUUCCAGUCCCUACAGAAGAUGACUCAACGCGAUUGGGCGAGCAAUGUGCGCUUCCUGAACGAGAUGUUGCUAUGCCUCGAAGGCGUUGGUGGAUUCUCUUUGCUGCCUCCGUAUGCGGACUCUCAGCGAGUCUUGGAUCACUAUUCUAUCGAUCAGAACGAAGACGGAGAUCGUUCUCAGGCUUGGAGAGAAAGUGAAGACAUACUGUGGGGAUAUGAGCUUUCACUAUCGAACGUGCUCACGCUGCUCGCCAAUGCCAUACGUCUAGAGAAUACUGGUUUACCCAAGAACCUCCAUGUCGAGACGUCCAUGGCGUGCUGGCGCGGUCUUUCCUCGGAGAUGGAUUUUGCCGCGUUCUCAAGGUCUUCUCGCGCUCGCCAACCAUCGAGCCAAGUCAUAUCGUUACUCUGCAGCCGAGGAUGCGGUUACGAUGAAGUCUUGGAUUCGCUCUCGAGCCUUUUCACAGUGCCCAAUCCACCACAACUCUUUCGCUUAGAACUCGAAGCCAACCAAAAGCCGCUUCCGACGCUGCAAUCCGGCGUGACCACACAUUCAGCGCUGCUUGAUAGUUCAGCACCGCCAAGACUGGGCCAGUCACCUAACCCGGAAGUCACACAAGGUAGUUGCAAGACUGAUGGAGAAGCGGUCGCGGAAGAUGUACUGCAAGUUGACGAAGGGCAUACGCCGGAUGAUCCCCCACGCCAUUAA